AUGACAUCUUAUUUAUUAAAGGAUCAAGAUCAAUAUGAAAUAGACUUUUAUCAGAAGGAUCAAGGUCAAUUUGAAAUAGACUUUUAUCAAAAGGAUCAAGAUCAAGAUCAAGAUCAAUAUGCAAUAGAAUUUUAUCAAAAGUAUCAAGAUGAAUUGAAAGUAUUUACUAAUCUAUCAUCAGAAAACUACUCAUCUCUUCUAUCAACCAUAUUUUCAAAUGAUAUAUGUAAUGAUAUGAUUAUGCACGUUCAUGUUGAGUGUGAAAAAAUCAAAAAUUUACUGCUAGAAGAGUAUUGUAAAAUAAAGUACAAUAUAUCUGAAUUAAUUAUGGCUGGUAGUGGCGGUGAACAAUGGAUGGUCUAUGGUGAUUCAGAUAUUGAUGUAAUGUAUGUUGAAAAUGAACUUGUUACUGAAUAUGAAACAACAAACUCAUUAUAUUUUAUUUAUACUCAAUAUCCAAGUUACGUUUUACUACGUCGAGGACAACAAACUAUAAGUCACGUGGAUGUGCUUAAGCUUAAAAAAUAUAGUGACACCUUCGAACAAUACAAGUUAUAUGAACAUGGUCCAGCAUACUGUAUAAAAACGCCUAUUUCGCCAAAUGACGAUCAAUCUGUAGUUGAACAAAUGGAAACUGAUGUUGUACCAUGUUAUAAAUUAAUUCAAUGGCCUACUGCAGCAACAGAGUACUUUCAUCGUAAAUCAAGGCAAUAUGCAUGGCCACCGAUUGAAGUGAUUCAUAGAUGUUUAAAUAAUGAAAUUCCCUGUUUAUUGACACCUGUUGGUUACAAAUUAAGCGAUCAGCGUGAUUAUGAGUGGCGCAUAUCAUUUUCACUCAUAGAAAUGGAGUUAGUGAAAACAUUAAGUAAAAAUCAGCGCUUGUGUUACAUUCUAUUCAAAUCGAUUUGCAAAGAUUUUGUUAUUAAUGAAACAAACAUUGAGCUUGAACAAGCGAACAAUAAUCCAGAACCAACACCGAUUCAGCGACAAGCUAUCCCAAUUGGCUUACAAAAUCGAGAUGUAAUUGGUAUUGCUGAAACUGGUUCUGCAUUUCUUAUUCCUUUACUUUCUUGGAUUCGAUCAUUACCAGCAGCUGAUACAUCUCUUGAUGCUGAUAGUGGACCAUAUGCACUUAUUUUAGCACCAACUCGUGAAUUAGUACAACAAAUUGAAAAAGAAGCAAUCAAAUUUGGAAAACCAUUAAAUAUAACCGCUGUCUCGAUCAUUGGUGGUGUAUCUCGUGAAGGGCAAGGUUUUAAACUUAAUCUCGGUUGUCAAAUUGUUAUUGGUACACCAGGUCGUCUUAUUGAUGUACUUGAAAAUCGUUAUUUAACAUUACAACAAUGUACUUAUGUUGUUAUGGAUGAAGCUGAUCGAAUGAUUGAUAUGGGUUUUGAAGCUGAUGUUAAACGUAUUCUUGAAUAUGUACCAGUGACAAAUCAAAAGCCAGAUGAUGAACUCGCAGAAUAUACAAAAGAUUUUGCUUCAAAACAUAAAUAUCGUCAAACAGUAAUGUUUACAGCAACAAUGAAACCAGCUAUCGAACGUUUAGCACGUACAUAUCUUCGUCGUCCAGCAUCUGUUUAUGUUGGUUCAAUUGGUAAACCAAAUGAACGUGUUGAACAAAAUAUUAUUAUGUGUUCAGAAAAUGAGAAACGUAGUAAAUUAUUUGAAAUUCUUGGACGUGGUAUUGUUCCACCUAUUAUUAUAUUUGUUAAUCACAAAAAAACUGUUGAUGAGUUGGCUAAAGUUUUAGAUAAAACAAAAUAUCAUUCAUGUGCCUUACAUGGUGGAAAGAAUCAACAAAGUCGAGAUUUCGCUUUAGGUCAAGUAGAACAAGGCAAAAAAGAUAUUCUUAUUGCAACAGAUGUUGUUGGUCGUGGUAUUGAUAUACAAGAUGUUUCACUUGUCAUAAAUUAUGAUAUGACUUGGACUAUUCAAGAUUAUACACAUCGUAUUGGUCGUACAGGUCGUGCAGGCAAAUUAGGCAAAGCAAUAACAUUUUUAACUAAACAAGAUUCAGCAAUAUUUUCUGAAUUAAAAGAAGUUAUACUUCAGUCACCUGGAUCACACUGUCCACGUGAGCUACUCAAUCAUCCUGAUGCAAAACAUAAAUCUGGUUCGUUAUUUUAUAUAUUUACUUUUCAUGAAAAUUAUAUUUUAUGUUUAUUUUAG